ACAGAAUUGUAAUGUUUAGUUUUUUGUGUUUCUUCAUUUUAUCACUAGUGACCCUCAACUUUGAGCUAUCUGUAAAUCUUGCCUGUGUUUACAGGAGGAGUUGUCGAACUCGAGUGGCUCCAAGUCCACAACCACCUCGGCCAUGGAGAGGGAGGAUGGGAACAGUAAGAGCACUGAGGUGCAGGCUGCACCAGGGACCAGAUCCAUAUCAGUGGGCUUACCUGAAAAUGAGGACAGCUCGGAUGUGCAGGACAUUAUUGAGUCGACCCCUGAGCUGGACAUGGAUCUCAUUGGCUACAAGCCCUGCAGUACUCCUACCAAAGGCAUCGAAAACAUGGCAUUUGACCGCAACACAGACUCCCUGUUUGAGGAGCUGUCGUCUGCAGGCACUGGGCUCAUAGGGGAUGUGGAUGAAGGGGCCGACCUGCUGGGUGAGUAA